CGUUGUUUGUAUUCUUCACCUGCGAACCUGCCCCCACCGCUAAAAAAAAUCCUAAAGGAAACACUGCAGAGACAUUUCCAAAAAUAAAUUGUUUCCUAAGAAGAAUGUACAUCGCAUCAUCAGUCAGUCAUUUAUUUAUUUAAGAAUGUAAAGAGGAGGAGGAUCCACUAUGACACCACCCACCUAAUGACUUCAUGAGGAUCUGCUGACAGGAGGGUUUACUCAAACAGGAGGUUGGAAAGACAAUGAUUCACAGCAACAAGAUUUUGAUUGUGUGUAUUGUUCAAUAUAACCAAACACUUGGAAAACAAAAUGAUCAUCUUAUUCCUCAGCAUUACUUUGAACACAAUUCUGGUUUCAGGUUCCUCUCUCAGUGACAGAGUCCACCAGACUCCAGCUCAUGUGUUCAACAAACCCAAAGAAACAGCCAAAAUCAACUGCUCGCACAGUAUUGACAGCUACGACCGAAUCCUCUGGUACAAGCAAUCGGACAGACAACUGCAGUUCCUGGGAUACAUGUAUACAACCAGUGGAAACCCAGAGGCUGGUCUGGGUGUGAAGAUAGAAGGGAGUGCAAAUAAAGACCAAAACUGCACAUUAACAAUAGAAGAACUCAGCCUGAGCAGCAGUGCAGUGUACUUCUGUGCUGCUAGACCUCCCACCUCCCAUUAUAAAAAGCAGCCUCAGACAUUCAUCAGGUCUGCUGUGACGGCGUCUCAUGUUAACAGGAUCACUAUUAUGACUCAAGUUCUCAUUACAUUUGUAGUCUCGUCUCUGUGGCUUCAAGGUCAGUGCCAGGAUGUGACCCAACACCCUGAAAUCAGUUGGAGUUAUGUUUCCCAAUCUGCAGAGAUGAACUGCAGCCACAACAAAGAUAUUUCUCAUAACCAGAUGUACUGGUACAGACAGCGUCCAGGGGAGACCAUGACCCUCGUUGUCUACACAGUUGUUGGUGUACAGCCAGACUACGGGGGGGCUCCUCAAACCAAAUAUUCAGCCAUCAAAGAAAACUCUGAGAGCGGGGCUCUUACUGUGAAAGACUUGCAGCUUGAGGACAGCGCUGUGUACUUCUGUGCCGUCAGUAAACACAGUGAUGUGACAAGUCUGAGCAGCUGAACAAUAACUGGUUGCCAACACAUUUGACAGGAGGACAACAUGCCAACAUUAUUCCUUUUGUCUUGGCUCAUUGGAGUUUGUCUGGGUGAUGAAGUCUACCAAACUCCUCCAGAACUUCUCAGAAGACCUGGAGACAAAGUCGAGCUGGUCUGCAGCCAUGAAAGGAGCUACUUCACAGUCAUGCAGUGGUACCAGAAAUCCGCUGGAGACUGAGCUCUGAAACGCAUUUGACAUGUGUAUUACAGCAACAUAGAGCAGGAGAAGUCUU